AUGGACAUUUCAUAUAAUGUACAUGCUUUCCAGUACAAAGACUUGGAGAUCGAGUUGACCAAGAACCCCCAGCCUAAGCCGGAGCCCAGCGAGUUGGUCUUCGGCAAGAACUUCACUGACCACAUGCUGACCGUGGAGUGGACGAGCAAGGAUGGCUGGAAGCACCCCAAAAUCACCCCCCUGCAGCCCCUACAGCUACACCCAGGGGCCAAGGCACUGCACUACUCUGUGGAGCUGUUUGAGGGCAUGAAGGCCUACCGAGGUGUGGACAACAAACUGAGACUGUUCCGUCCUGAAGCCAACAUGGAGAGGAUGAACAGCACUGCUGCUAGAGCCGCCCUACCUAAUUUUGAUGGUGAAGAGUUGAUCCAGUGCAUCUCCAAGCUGAUAGAUGUUGACAAAGACUGGGUCCCAGCUGCUAAAGACUGCAGUUUGUACAUCAGACCUACAAUGAUCGGCACAGAGCCCACCCUGGGAGUUUCGCAGGCAGAAGAGGCCAUGUUGUUUGUGCUGCUGGGUCCGGUCGGCUCGUACUUCAAGACGGGAGCGUUCAACCCGGUGUCCCUCAUGGCAGACCCGCAGUACAUCCGUGCCUUCAGGGGAGGCGUCGGGAACUACAAGCUCGGAUCUAACUACGGCCCCACUAUCCGGAUCCAGAAGGAGGCAGAGCGGCGCGGCUGUCAGCAGGUUCUCUGGCUGUAUGGAGACGAUCACCAGCUAACAGAGGUUGGCACCAUGAAUAUCUUCAUGUACUGGGAGAAUGAAAGUGGAGAGCCUGAGCUGGUGACCCCUCCCCUGGAGGGGAUCAUCCUCCCGGGGGUGACCAGGAGAAGCCUGCUGGACCUGGCACGAGGAUGGAAUGAGUGCAAAGUGACAGAGAGAACCUUCACGAUGCAAGAUUUGAUCAAGGGACUCGAGGAGAACAGAGUCAAGGAGUUGUUUGGGGCUGGAACUGCCUGUGUGGUCUGUCCCAUAGACAGAAUUCUGUAUGGGGAAAAGGAUCUGCACAUCCCCACAAUGGACACGGGAGCGGUAGUGUGCAGAAGGCUGUAUCAAGAGCUGACAGACAUUCAGUUCGGAAGAGUGUCGCACGACUGGGUUAGACCGAUCGAGUCGUGAAUGUGCAGUCAGUCCCAGAACAGGCCGUGGAAGUAAACCUCUUCCACAGAGCCAUGUGAUACAACACUGGAUACAGAGCAGCUACACCCAGGGAGUUUCCUAUUUCUCCAUCCUGCUCUGUCUCUGAUUCCUGAAAUAUAAAACUGUCUAACUUAUGAUAUUACUCAAUAUGUCAGUACAAAUGAUACUUUCAAGUAUUCCUGGACAUAGCCAUAUGUUUUCUUGCAGAGGUACAUUGUAACAGUGACCUGUUACAAUGUUGAUGCAGGUGACCUUAAUGCACCGCAUAUGUUUUCAAUAGUGAUGGAUAAAUUACUUACUUAGUAAUACAUAACUGUAUCUCCCACCCAUCCACAGCAGUUCUUUUACUACCCUGUAGAUCUCAGUCACAAGACAAUAAUAGAAAUCGAAUUAAUAUGCACAAACAGGGACCCUAAAUUGACCAACAUCUACAUAGUCCAUCAUGAUCAUGAAAGUUCCUCUACAAAUGAUGCAGAUGUUAACGAUACGCAAGAAUUGCCUAAAAGUUUGUGUUCUUGCUAUAUUCACAUUGAAUUCUGACCAGAUAAGAUAAGGCAUUUGAUCCUUAUUCUUAUUUUCCCUUUCAUAGAGACAGCCAUGGCAUCAUCUUAUGAUAUUAUUUUUAUAGAUCAUUGUAAAAGAACCAAAUAUGGCCACUAUGUCAAUAUGCAGUUGGUUUGCAUUUCUCCUGUAUUUCAGAAGUACUCUAUCCACGUACUUAAUAUGCACUACCAAAAUGUCUUUUUCCGCCCGAGAUGAUUGGGAAAAUAAACUUACAGACCUAAAAAUCAAGAUUGAUUUUAAUUCGUUGCAGAAAACAUGCAAUUGAAAGGUGGAAGACCAAAUUAGGUAAAAACUACAAGUACAAAACAUAAGAUAUACAUGUAAGGUUAUGGUGUAAUGCAGCUAGCAUGGUAUCCAUCCUAUUCUACAUUUUGUAACUUAGUCUAGCUCUCGUUCACUUCUCUUAUCGACAAGUAUACAAAUGCCAGUUGUUAAUUAACGGAUGCCAGACUAUUCUGCAAAUAAAGCAAUUGGAGAUUGAAGCAAACCAGAGUUUAAAUAAAGGUGACACCAGACGUGAACGUUAGAGCAAUAUUUGAGAAAGAUUUCAGUGGUGAAGUAAGCACCCCUUUUAAUAUAUGUUCCAUCUGAAAAUCUUUAUGGUGUAAAAUGUGUACAUUAGUGUACAGUAUGAUUGGGUGCAGAAUGCUAGCUAGUAAUAAGGUGUGGUAUGCUGUGUCUAAUGUAUUUUACAUUUUUGCCUCGCUGCUCUGCUGUGGAACAGUUAUUGUACAUUCUAGUGUGAGACAGUGGUAUAUGUAAAGUAUGUUGUACAGUAUUGUAAAUUACACUGAUCAGGAUAACAGUUAGUUUUUAAGCAAUGAUAUGACGUUGUAGAAGGUAUAAUAGAUGUUUUCAUUUAACAUUGCACAGUUAGUGUGUGAUUGGCAUUAAUUUGCCUGUAGCACUCUUGUGAAGCUUUGUUGCUAAUACAAAUUAUGCCAGUAUGAAGAACUCCUUUGUAUAGUUUCAUUUCAAACAUACAUGUUUGUAGCCUAGAUGCCAGCCUUUCUGGCAUUAGGGCACUCUCUUGGCUGCUCCCCGGAAAAAGUACCAACAGAGAGCGCUAGAGCCAAAAAGGCUGGCAUCCAGGCUACGGCUAAUGCAUGUUGCCUUGGUGAAUGUUUUUUCCCAACUCGUUGAUUGGAACCACCAACUUUUUGGCCAGUCGUCUCCAUGAUAACUGAGGACGACUUUGCUCCAUACAUGUUCCAUGCUGAAAGUGUUAUGAUAGCCACCAGCAUAUGCAUGUACAUGUACAUGUACAUGGUUUUCAUCUACUUACCAUUCUGUUGUAGAUCAUUCUGGUACUGCAAUGCAGCAUGCACAUUGUGCUUCUUGUCUUGCCAAACAAGUUAUGUUGCUGUGAAACUAACGGCCUUACUUAUGCGUAAUUGUGAGUAUGAUUGUGAUACUAACAAGGACAACAGUAGUACUUAGAAAUUGUCGUGCUAUGCUGGCAGUGUUGUAACUAAAAUAAUGUUAAGAUUUUAACUGACAACAGAGCAGUUUACGAUCUUAGGAUAUUUUUAGGAUUCCGGAGUAUAAUGGAUAUGAGUCUCAAGCCUUUAGAAGACAGAAGCCCUCUGUUAUGUUGGUAUUGCACAAAACUAUCGUUGUUGUAGGCUAAACAUAUCAUUGUUACUUACCAAUUAAAAAGGAAUUGUGACAAUGCAUCAGAGCUCAGACAAUUUCAAGUUUGUUUUGAUUCUGGAAUUUUGCUGCCUUGAAGUAGUAUGCCUUGCUGUAGAAAUAGCAAUAUACCCCUGAGGAAGAAAGAAUGUACAAAAUGUGAUAGUGAUAAUGUAUUCCAUUAUAGGAUAAAUCUAUAUUUUUACAGGUAGAUAGAAACUGUUGCAGUGUUGUGCCUGUUAAAUGCCUCACGAAAUUCAGUUUUUUUUUUAUUCCAAGUUAUCAAAGUACAUAUACGGCUUCUGUACUGUUGAAUUACCUUUGCCAUGUGUUUACUGUCAUAAGCUUCUCACAUACAGUAUUUAAAGAAUACGAUGAGAGAUAAGCUGUUUUCCGACUCAAAGAAUUUACUUAACGGAAUUUUCGACCGAAUCACGGCAAUUCCUUGACAUGAAGAACAUUUUAUUUCUCAUUAUGUAAUGUACCAACUUAGAUUAACUUAAAUGCUAAUAGUGAAAUACGUUGAAGUGUUGAGUCUGCAGCACAGCUUUCAUGUACCUGUAUGUUUCUGUUGUAUGUUUCCUCUUUAUAAAGCAACUUCUAGCAUUUCGCAAA